AUGGAAUUAGACACCAAAAUACAGCCACAGGAACUUCUUUACUACAACAAAGGGCACCAAGUGAUCAUAUGCACAUCCUGCCAGUACGCGAUCCAGCCGACCGCUCUUGACCGACAUCUAAAGGAGAUCCAUGCUCUUCACCGGCAUCUUCGGCAACCUUACACAGACUUUGCGGCCAGGCUACCAUUGAAGCAGCCCUCAGAGCUCGUCGGUACACGACGAGGAACUAUUCUCGGUGAUGAUGAGGACUUCCCUGUGCCCGGAUUACCGGUCGUUAGCGGUCUCCAAUGUCUAGAUCCCGACUGUGGACAUCUUUGUGUGAGUGUCAAACGGAUGCAGAGCCACUGGAAGGCGGAGCACCACAAGUCUGGUUGUGCAGCGUUAGACUGGCAGACAGUGCCUCUCCAGACUUUCUUUCGCGGGAAUCUAUUGCGGUACUUCACUCACCCGGCAUUGUCAGCUGUGAAACUACCAGAUACAUCCAGCGAGAGUGUGGAUCACCAUAUUAGAGGUAUACAGGAUGCCUGGGAAUCUCAUACGGAUCUGAAAGAUUCUGACAAGAGUCUUCUCGCUCAUUAUUUACAGUCAACGCAUCUCUCCCUUGCAAAUAGGCAUGGAAACGCACGUUUAUGGCAGAUAAAUGUCCCUCGCAUCGCAGCGUCGAACUCUUUCCUGCUCUAUGGCAUCCUCGCUCUCUCGGCUCAGCACCUUCUUAACACGGAGCAAGGUCAGAGCGCCGAUCGCCACAGACUAAUGGCAAUGGCUUCUGAGCAUCAUCGCAAGGCAAUGGCAGUAUUUGAAGCCACCAUUGACGCAAAACCGUCAUCAGCACUCGAAUGUCACGGCAUUAUUGCUUUUAUACAUGUCAACACCUUGCUUUACUUUUCAAAUUAUGGAAUUGAUUCGCUAUCCGGGAUUGAGGACCUGUUUCUCGCCGACGCCAGCCAACUUGGUCUUGGCUAUUUAUCGUCUUGGCUACACUAUGUACGGCAUGGCUGUCACCUCGUGUGCGGCUUCUGGGACACAAUUGGUAACGGUCCACUAGCAUCUCUCGCUGCGUCGUGGGACAUACCCAUUAUCAUGGAGGAUGAACGGUCAUCUCAGAUAGCUACCAUUUUGCUAUCCGCUCUGGACCACGAUUGCUUUGAUGGACACCAAAUAUCGGACCAGCUCCAAACGAUUUACGUUCAAGCUGCAAAUGAGUUGGCGCUUGCGAUCAAUGCAGCUCGAGAGUUUGGGUCUGCACUGACAAUUUGGGACGCAAUUCGGCUAUGGCCUUUGACUCUCUCACUAGACUUCGUUGAUGAAGUCAAGAAAGAGACGCCUCGUUCUAUGACUUUGCUGGCCUGCUACUGUAUCAUCUUGGAGAACUUGGACGAUGUCUGGUUUGCAGAGGGGCUGUCCACAAGAUUGUUUUCUACCACUUGUAGGAAACUCCAGAAAGGUCAAAGGGAGCUUUUACAUGAGGUAACGCAGCGCAUUAGGUCUAUCCUUAGAGAGUUUAUAUUGGAGAUCUAG